AAAGACGCAGACACGUACGACGGAGUAGCCAUGGCAGCAGCUUCCAAUGGGACCGAGUACUUGGAGCUCCAGAUUGAUCCUGCCAGAGAGUCAUUUGCUCGUCCAUCCAAUGCCGAUUCUGUCAAGGAUGACGAGGACGACUUACUAUGGGAAGCCAUUUCCAAGUUACCGUCUCAGAAGCGAGGGAAUUUCGCAUUGUUGCGGCGAUCUUCAUCGGGCCAAGGAGGAGAAGGUAGUAGUCGAACGGAGACGAUUGACGUCACGAAGCUAGAUCGAGCCAACAGAGAGCUUGUUGUUAAAAAAGCUUUGGCCACCAAUGCCCAGGACAAUCAGAAGCUCCUUUCUGGCAUCAAAGAGCGUCUUGAUAGAGUUGGAUUGGAGGUGCCAAAGAUCGAAGUAAGGUUUGAGGAAUUGAAUAUAGAGGCGGAUGUGAGAACUGGCUCAAGAGCUUUGCCUAGCUUGAUUAAUGUCGUACGAGACACCGUUGAGGAUAUACUGACCACUUUGAGAGUAUUUCGACCUAAGAAACAUUCUUUAACCAUUUUGAACUACGUCAGUGGCACUAUCAAACCCGGAAGGAUGACAUUGCUGUUAGGACCACCAGGUUCUGGAAAAUCAACAUUGCUUUUAGCUCUUGCUGGAAAACUUGACAAGAAAUUAAAGAAAACUGGAGAUAUCACAUACAACGGCGAGAAACUUGAAGAUUUUUACGUUAGGAGGACUUCUGCAUACAUCAGCCAAAUAGAUAAACACAUUGCAGAGCUUACUGUACGAGAAACCCUAGAUUUUGCUGCUAGUUGUCAAGGUGCAAGUGAAGGCUUUGCAGCUUACAUGAAAGAUCUUAUCCGUUUGGAGAAGGAAAGGAACAUACGCCCAAGUCCAGAGAUCGAUGCUUUUAUGAAGGCAUCUUCUGUUGCUGGUAAAAAGCACAGUGUCUCAACAGACUACAUUUUAAAAGUGCUUGGUCUCGAUGUAUGCUCGGAGACAGUAGUAGGCAGUGACAUGUUGCGAGGUGUCUCUGGCGGCCAGAGAAAAAGGGUUACUACAGGAGAAAUGAUUGUGGGGCCAAGAAAGACCUUAUUUAUGGAUGAAAUAUCCACUGGACUUGAUAGUUCAACAACGUACCAAAUAGUGAAAUGUAUAGGGAAUUUUGUUCAUCAAAUGGACGCAACUGUACUAAUGGCUCUUCUUCAGCCUCCGCCUGAGACAUUCGAUCUGUUUGAUGAUUUGGUGCUAUUAUCAGAAGGCUACAUGGUGUAUCAAGGGCCACGAGCUCAAGUUUUACAGUUCUUCGAGUCUCUAGGAUUUCGAUUACCACCAAGGAAGGGCGUUGCAGAUUUUCUUCAAGAGGUGACCUCAAUAAAGGAUCAAGCACAGUACUGGGCUGAUCCUUCAAAACCAUAUGUAUUCAUGCCUGUUUCAGAAAUUGCAGAGGCAUUCGAUAAUUCGAGGUUUGGAAGGGCUGUGAAGUCCACACUUUCUGUUCCAGUUGACAAAUCCAGUUAUCAUCCUUCAGCUUUGUCAAAAACGAGAUAUGCCGUGUCAAGAUGGGAGCUCUUAAAAGCAUGCUUUGCUAGAGAAAUACUACUGAUCAAGCGGCAUCGUUUUCUUUAUUGGUUUAGGACAUGCCAGGUCUUUUUUGUUGGAUGCAUCACUUGCACUAUAUUCUUACGGACAAGAUUGCAUCCCACCAACGAGUCAUAUGGGAGUCUAUAUCUUUCUUGCCUCUUUUUUGGGCUGGUGCACGUGAUGUUUAAUGGGUUUUCCGAACUAUCUCUACUGAUAUUUCGACUCCCAGUCUUCUACAAGCAACGGGAUAAUCUCUUUCAUCCUGGAUGGGCAUGGUCUCUAGCCAGUUUUGUUCUACGUAUACCCUACUCUGCUGUUGAAGCCUUUGUAUGGUCUUUGGUUGUAUACUACACUGUUGGUUUUGCCCCUGCUUUUGGAAGGUUCUUGCGUUUUAUGUUCUUACUCUUUACAGUGCACCAAAUGGCAUUGGGUCUCUUUCGGAUGAUGGCUUCGAUAACACGAGAUAUGGUUAUUGCCAAUACAUUUGGGUCAGCUGCUCUGUUGAUUGUAUUUUUAUUGGGUGGAUUUAUCAUUCCUAAAGAAUCGAUUAAGCCUUGGUGGAUUUGGGCUUUUUGGGUGUCACCAUUAACCUACGGACAACGAGCAAUUUCAGUCAAUGAAUUUGGUGACGAAAGGUGGAUGAAGAGAUCUGCAAUUGGGAAUAAUACAAUUGGAUACAAUAUUCUCCAUGAGCAUAGUUUGCCAAUGAAUGAUAAUUGGUAUUGGAUUAGCAUCGGUGUUUUAUGGCUCUAUGCGGUGCUUUUCAACCUCGUUGUGACUUGGGCCUUAACCUAUCUUAAUCCUCUCCGGAAGGCUCAAACAGUGGCUGAUCCAGUUGAUGCCACAGAAGAAAAUUCUGCUAGAAAUGCUAAUCAGGGGACUCAGUUGAAUGGAACAUCUGCUAAGGAGGACAAUAAAAAGACGGGCAUGAUUCUUCCAUUUAAACCAUUGACAAUGACAUUCCAUAAUGUCAAUUACUUCGUUGAUAUGCCAAAGGAAAUGUGUAAACAAGGUAUACCAGAAAAGAAGUUGCAGCUUUUGUCAAAUGUGAGUGGAGUAUUUUCACCAGGAGUUCUCACUGCAUUGGUUGGGUCAAGUGGAGCAGGAAAAACUACUCUGAUGGACGUGCUUGCUGGCCGGAAAACUGGGGGAUAUAUAGAAGGGGAUAUUAAGAUAUCAGGUUACCCUAAAGAGCAGCGCACAUUUGCUAGAAUUUCAGGAUAUGUUGAACAAAAUGAUAUACAUUCUCCUCAGGUUACUGUUGAGGAGUCUCUCUGGUUUUCUUCCAGUCUUCGGCUUCCAAAAGAAGUUACCAAAGAACAAAGACAUGAGUUUGUUGAAGAAGUAAUGAGAUUGGUAGAACUCAAUAAUCUACGGAAAGCAUUGGUUGGUUUGCCAGGUACUAGUGGCUUAUCAACUGAACAGAGAAAGAGAUUAACAAUUGCAGUUGAGCUUGUUGCAAAUCCUUCCAUUAUUUUUAUGGAUGAACCAACCUCCGGACUUGACGCACGAGCAGCAGCAAUUGUGAUGCGAACUGUUCGUAAUACCGUUGAUACUGGAAGAACAGUGGUUUGCACCAUUCAUCAGCCAAGUAUUGACAUUUUUGAAGCAUUUGAUGAGCUACUUCUCAUGAAACGAGGGGGACAGGUUAUAUAUGGAGGAAAGCUUGGCUUGCACUCACAGAUUAUGAUAGACUAUUUUCAGGGAAUUGCAGGAAUCCCUCCUAUUACUGAUGGCUACAACCCAGCAACUUGGAUGCUUGAGGUUACUACUCCUACCGUUGAAGAAAGGAUUUGUGAAGAUUUUGCUGAGUUAUAUAAAAAUUCUGAGCAAUACAGGGAGGUGGAAGCUUCAAUUAUGCAUUUCAGUGCUCCGCCUGCAGGCUCAGAACCAUUAAAGUUUGUUUCUACAUAUUCACAAGAUAUAUCGACUCAGUUUGGGAUUUGCCUUAGGAAACAAAAUCUUGUAUACUGGAGAAGUCCACAAUACAAUGCCGUGAGGAUAUUUUUUACUGUAUUAGCUGCAUUUAUAUUAGGCUCAGUGUUUUGGAAAACUGGUUCAGAAAGGGACUCUACUCAAUCUUUGUUUAUUGUCAUGGGAGCUCUAUACUCUGCCUGUCUGUUUCUUGGGGUCAAUAAUGCUUCCUCAGUGCAGCCAAUAAUUUCUAUUGAGAGGACGGUGUUCUAUAGAGAAAAGGCAGCUGGAAUGUACUCUCCAUUAGCCUAUGCCGCAGCACAGGGUCUUGUGGAAGUACCAUACAUCAUUUUGCAAACAAUUUUAUAUGGAAUUAUCACAUAUUUCAUGAUUAAUUUUGAAAGGACGGGCGGCAAAUUUUUCCUCUAUUUGUUGUUCAUGUUCCUUACUUUCACCUACUUCACAUUUUAUGGAAUGAUGGUUGUUGGUCUCACGCCUUCUCAACACAUGGCCGCUGUCGUCUCCUCAGCAUUUUACUCUUUAUGGAAUCUCCUCUCAGGUUUUCUUAUCCCAAUGCCUAAAAUCCCAGGAUGGUGGAUCUGGUUCUAUUACAUCUGCCCCGUUGCAUGGACUUUGCGGGGCAUUAUCAUUUCUCAGCUUGGUGAUGUGGAGAGCACAAUUGUAGGACCAGGUUUUGAAGGCUCUGUCAAAGAGUUUUUGAAAGUUAAUUUUGGCUUUGAAUCUGAUAUGCUUGGAGUUUCAGUGGUGGUGCUUGUUGGCUUCUGCGUCAUCUUCUUUGCUAUCUUUGCAUUCUCUGUGAAAUUCCUUAACUUCCAGAGAAGAUGAGCAGUGGAUUCAUUUAUUGAAACAGGGGGUCCUGCCUGCAGGGGACAAUUUUUUACCCUAGAAUAAUGGUUUUGAGGCCUUUGAUGUUGGUUGAGUUACGGGUUCAGUUGACUUGAGGGGUCUGCAAUUGUCCUGAAACACAUUUUGGCAAGGUUAUGGUGGCAUUGGAUAUGAGACUUGUAAUGGUGUGGUCACUGUGCAAGCAGUUGCUUUCAGGCAAGUUUAAAAUUGCAUUUGGGAUAUCAAAGCUUGAAACGCUUGUAGGGAGGAAAUUUAGCUUGGGACAGCUGCCUUGCAUUAGGCUAUGGCUGAUAUUGUGGUAGAGCUGCUGCAAAAGUGAUGAGGGAGAGGAGCCUGUUGGCCAAGGACAUGUAGGCAACUGUAUCUUUUAACAAUUUUCAGCGACUUUUUUAAUGGAUUAGCUUGUUUGUACUUUAUAGGAUCACAAGGAAUGUUGACUCGGUGUUCAUAGUUACAGCAUACUUAAAGUUGAAUUUGAAAGCUGCCAAGCUUUCUGAUAUUGAUAUGUUAUUA